UCUACAAUGCAGCUGACAGUUCUGAAUUGGCGAGUGUAGCAAACAGAUGUAAAAAGAAAUGAGUGAGAAGAAAGUGGAAAUUUUAAAUGCAAAAGAAUGUGAAAUAAUUGCUAGAAAUGCUUUAAAAUUAGGAGAAGCUGAAAGCGUCAAAAUCUUAAGUUAUGCCCUUGCAAGGGGUACGAAUGAGCUCAUAGGUUUCAUGGGCGAAUAUUUUAAAUUAAACAUAGAAUUGGAGAAUGCGCACUCCGGAGAAGGAACUAAAAAACUCUGUUUCUUUGUGAAAUCGGUGCCCAUAGGCAAUGAGCUGCAUCGUGCCGAGUGCGAGCGUAAGAAUUUUUUCCAAAAAGAGUCGUGUGCGUAUACGAAGAUAUUGCCGAAUAUACAAAAAUAUGCUACAACGAAACUCUAUCCUGAGUGUUAUUACGCACGAAAAGAUUUAUUGGUCCUCGAAGAUCUCACUGAGCUGGGCUACCGACAUUUGGGACGUGAUGAAACUUACACUGACAAACACCGUAAAUUAUUUCUCACACAUAUGGCACAAUUACAUGCGGGCAGCAUUGCUUGGGAGGAGAAGGAGGGCGUCAAUAUUGAGGAACAUUUUAAGGACGGCCUAUUCGAGUUGAUGUUGGCUACAGAUAAUGAUUGGUACAUGACUAGUGCUAAGGGCAUCAUAUUCCUAGCUAAAAACUAUCUGCGAUCCCAAACACCCGAGGUACAAACACUCAUCAACGAAAAGCUCUUUACACUACUCGUGAAUGUGGAAAGAUAUACGGAGCCCUCAAAACGUAUGCGGAAUGUAUUCUUGCAUCGCGACUCUUGGGAUCGGAAUAUAUUUUUUAAAUUCGAUGCUGAAGGCGAACCCUUGACCUGUAGCAUUGUUGACUUCCAAUUGAGCCGCUACGCAACCCCCUCUUUGGAUAUGCUCUUCUUUUUGUACGGUCAAACCACACCCAAAGAGAGAAAGUUGUAUAUGCAAGAGUAUAUCGAUCAUUAUUACGAUGCGCUAACGACGCGCUUCAGAGAGUUGGGUCUACCGUCCGACAUCAUAACAAAGCUGCAACUAAUGGAAGAUGUACGGCGUGCGCAUUUGCCGGCGCUCAUCAUUAUGGCCAUUACGAAGCCGCUCACACUGAUGCCCGAGGGCAUUUCGAACAAAUGGCGUGCAGAGGAGCAAGAGAAAUUCGAUUAUUACAUGAAUACGCAGCGCGAUGAAUUGUUCCAACGUGUUAUGGCAAUCGAUCCUACAUACGAGGCGAACAUCAUGCGGCCAAUUGAAGAGCUCAUUGAGUAUUUACAACUAAAUCCGGAUUUAAUGGAAUGAAAAUCCUAAUUUUAUGAUGAAAUUUCGCAAUGAAAUAAAAUUUUUGUAAUUUUAAAUUAA